UGUGUGUGUGUGCAAGAGAGACUUGCAAAAAACAAAGCCUAUCUCUGUGCACGUCUCUCCUCUGGGAAGGAAGGGGCCCAUGCAGUGACAAUAGACCAGGGGCGCUGACUCAGACAGCCAGUUCCUGCUCAUUUCCCGUUGCUGCAGGACAGCAGUAGGGCGGGAGGUCAGCCCUCUGUGGGGUCUGACUUGGGCCUCUGGCUGAGAACAUUACCCAGAGAGAGACCAGACCAACUCAAACAGCUCCCCUCACUGGUCUGCUGUGACAGGACCCACUGGACUUGUGUGGCUGCAAGCAGGCAGUGGGGGCGGAAACAAGUGUGAAAGAAAAGAGAGGAAACUCACUUUUUGAAUUCUGCCUCACUUUGCCUGGGCAGCCCAGGAACAACUUUGCGGGGCAACAGAGCAUGUGACCAGUGGGGCCAAACUGACCCAGACAGGACGCUGGGAAACAGGCAUCGGGAAGUGUGCCUGGGCGUCCACUGAGGAGCCUGGGGAAGGGGUUCAGAACAACGUGGAGCCCAUCAGCUCCCUGCCCACAGUGUGGGCCCACCACACAUUUUUCUCUUGCAUGAAAAUUUGCUGAAUGUGGAGUCUUGGCCAUCCACACCACUAGAAUGGAAAGAGCCGAGUCUAUGACCCUCUUCUGGAGCCUGGGAGCUGCAGCUAACUCGGGUCGGGAAAAUGCGACAGCGACUGCCCACUCGAGGUCGUCAUGGCGACAGCCAGUGAACGUGUUCCUCUCCUCGGGCAGGCCCCCGAGUGUAGAGGAGCUGCUUCGCGAGGCGCAGCUUAAUCUCCAGAGCCUGUUGCAAGAAGACUAUGAGGAACAGUACUCGGAGGCCAGACUGCUGGGGCAGACCUUCCGCUCUGCUGAUGAGGCCCCUGAGCCCACCCCUAGCCCAAGGCCCCAGUCUGCCAGGCGUCUGGAGUUUGUAUUGAUGCCUACAAAACAGCAGCUGAACGAGGAUGAGACUACCACCCAGGGUGUGAGGGCCCCUGAGGCCUCCCUGAGCCUGUCUACCACAGCCGACAAGCAAGUUGCCUGGAAUAGCCCCUUCCCUUUGCCCAUCCUAGAGGAGAAGCGGUGGCUUCAGCCUUGCUCCACGCACUCUGACAUUGUGCCCAUCAACAUCUCUGGGCAGCAGUUUGAUAAACACGCAAGUUUGCGACACUCAUUGUUUAAUACAGAGACAGCCGUGAACCCCAAGUCCACCCUGAGGCGGAGGCGGACCAUUAUUGGAUUCUCUAACUUUUCCCAGCGAGACCAAGGUCACAGCAACAGCCCCACAGGCAGGGUGGCUCGCUCAACCAGCUCAGACAUCAAGCACAGUCAUUCUGUUCCAGAAGGUGUUCAUGGAAGAGUUGCAGUCAGUCAGGAAGUUCGCUUCCCAAAUCUCAGCUCACCAGCACUGAGAAAUCCUUCUAGUGAUCUGGAAGAACCUCUCCAGGUGCAUGGUGGCACCAAGCCUCCUGGCAUGGAAAGCAUGGGAAUGGUAUAUAGUGUCCCCAGUUCUUGCAAUGGACCAACAGAAUCUACAUUCUCUGCUUCCUGGAAGGGAGAUGCUUUUACCUAUAUGACUCCGAGUGCCACUAGUCAGAGCAAUCAAGUCAAUGAAAAUGGAAAACAUCCUUCCUCUGGGAAUGCAUGGGUUUCUGUACACACACUGCCACCUCUGGUUCCUAAGGAGGCUGCCAGUGUCUUUGUCAUUCGUGAUAAUCCAGCAGGAUGCAGUGGAUCAGCUGGCUAUUCUGAACACCCUAUGCAACGAAGGCAGAUAUCAGAGCGACCCUUCAAGAUUGGCCUUCUAACUGGUGGUGGUACCUCAAGACUGGAGACAGGCCCAGGUGGGGCCAGCAGGUUCCGGGAGCGGUCACUGUCUGUGCCCACAGACUCAGGCACCACAGAUGUGGACUACAAUGAGGAGCAAAAGUCCACUGAAGCCUGUGCCCUGCCAUAUGCCAGUACAAGUUCCGAGGGCAGUAACAGUGCUGACAACAUUGCCUCCCUUAGUUCCCAACAGGAGGCCCAGCAUAGAAGGCAGAGAUCCAAGAGUAUCUCACUCAAGAAGGCCAAAAAGAAGCCUUCCCCACCAAUGCGCAGUGUCUCGCUGGUCAAAGAUGAGCCAGAAGGUGGGUCCGCACUACCCAAGGAUCAGAGGCCCAGAAGCCUUUGCCUCUCCUUGGAACACCAAGGACAUCACUCAUCCCAGAGUCACCCAGCUGUGCCUACCUUCAAAGACCCAGAAGGUACACAAUUCUCCCACCAUUGGUAUCUUACUGACUGGAAAUCUGGUGACACCUACCAGUCCUUGUCCAGCUCCAGCACUGCCACUGGCACCACAGUCAUUGAGUGUACUCCAGUUCAGGGCAGCUCAGAGUCUCUUGCCUCCCCUUCCACCUCCAGAGCUACAACACCUUCACAACUCUCCAUUGAGGUAGAGGCCAGGGAGGUACCCUCCCCAGGGAGACCCACUGGGCUGAUGUCACCCUCCAGUGGAUACUCCAGUCAGUCAGAGACACCAACACCCACUGUCUCCAUGUCCUUGACAUUGGGCCACUUGCCCCCUCCGAGUGGCAGUGGUCGAGUGCGUCCAGUGGUACCUGAGAGGAAGUCAUCACUACCCCCAACAUCACCAAUGGAAAAAAUUUCCAAGUCACGACUAUCAUUUGACCUGCCAUUGACCUCGUCUACCUACCUGGAUUUGUCUGGGAUGAGUAUCUCUAUCCGAAGCAAAACCAAGGUGAGCCGGCAUCACUCAGAUACAAAUUUUGGGGCCAAGCUGCUCCAGAAAACUAGUCCCAAUCAGCCAAUCAUGCCCAUGGUUACUCAGUCUGACCUACGUUCUGUUCGCCUGAGGUCAGUCAGCAAAUCUGAGCCAGAAGAUGACAUCGAGAGCCCUGACUAUGCUGAGGAAUCGGGAGGAGAAGUCUUCACCUUGCCAGAGAGAAAGAUGAAACCUCCCAUAGCUGAGAAACCCCCACUGGCCCGAAGGCCUCCAAGCUUGGUCCAUAAGCCACCAUCUGUCCCUGAGGAGCACCCUCUCACUUCACCUACAUUGGCUAUGACCCCUAAGAGCUCAGUUCAACACAUGAGGUCACUCCCUCCAGACAUCUACACGGUGGUACAGAAACCAAAGUCUUUCAGCUUCCCUGAGGCCAGAAGCCCAGGGGAGUCAACAGCAUCAUCAUCUGUUGUUUUCACACCUUUUGCCAGUUCCUCUGGUGCCUUCUGCUCAGGAACACAGCAACCUCCCCAGGGAAGCACAGAGGAUGAGGGCCCCAAGACAAGAGCUCUGCCUGAAAGAAUUAGCUUCCAGAGCCAAGAACAAGCUGAGAAGAAAAAAGGCAAGAUUCCGCCUCCUGUACCAAAAAAGCCCAGCAUUCUCUACCUGCCUCUAACCUCACCUACAGCUCACAUGGAGGCCUGCGGAGCUGAACCUAGGCUACCUGUCAGCCCCAUCAUCACCCUGGAGGAAGAUGCCAAGUGUCCCCCAACCAGCGACCACCUGCAAUCACCUGAUACAAGGACCACUUCAAUACCACACGCUGACAGUGAAAGGGAGGCAAGCCCUCUGGGGAGUUCCAUGGAACCCAGCACUGAAGAGAAAAGUGUUAUCAGUGAUAAAACAGCUGAAUGGAUUGCAGAAGAUGAUGAUGAUGUGUUUGUGGCUUCACGCACAACUGAAGAUUUAUUUACUGUGAUACACAGGUCCAAAAGAAAGCUUCUUGGCUGGAAGGAGCCUGGGGAAGCCUUUGCUGGAGGCAGCAGACCGAGCUCCUACUCACCAAUAAGGAACACAGCUGAUUCUCCAAUUAGUGAGUCAGCUGCCUCUGCAGGGUCAAGCGGCAGUGCCAGCCUAGAUGCUGGCAGAAAUGAUGAUUUCAAGGCCUUGCUACAGAAGAAGGGAAGUAAGGCAACUCCAAGGUCCCGGCCCUCAGCAGCCGAACUGCUGAAGACCACUAAUCCACUGGCUCGGAGAAUUAUCGCACAAUUUUCGAAAGACUACGACACCACCGAUAGCCCCAGUACCUAAGCCUUGAGUGAUCAAGUAGGGUACUAAACUUGAGUAGAAAAGGGGGAAGAGAAAAGUUUUUAAAAAGAAACCAUGAACAAAUCAAAAGAGCCUACACUUCUUUUACUUUAAUUCACAUUUUGGACAGUAGGAGAGAGACCACUUUAUCUAGAACUAAAGUCAUCAGGCACUUUAAUCAUGUUCGGACAUUUUACGGUUUCAUACUUAACAUCUUGCCAUUACUGACUAUGGAUCUUCUCCUUAUUUCCCGCCAGUGGUAUGCACUAAGAAGAAAUUCUCAGAUACAAGGACACAUGUGCCAUCUUUUAAAACAAUGACCAGCUGCUCUAUCCAUGGCUCCUGUCACUGAGGAGCACAGUGUGAGAGCAGACUGAGGGCUGCCAAACCUAGGGACCUGGGGAGCCACUGCUGAUGAUACAUUUUCCUGGUGAGGCCUUGAUGACUUUGUGGAAAAACAGAAAGACUCUGAUGCCUCUUCAACCAUGGUGUAGCUCUCUCCUUCUAGAGGUUUGCAGGUGUGCACUUAUUUCGGCAUGGGGUUGAUUGUAUGGCUUUUGUGAAAAAUAUGAAUGUUACUCUGUCCUGAAACUUCAUGCCUUUUGCAGUUUGAUUGUCUACACGGUGAUCAGGGUGAUGAGUUUCAACAACAUAGAGAUCCUUCCCACAACCCCUUAGCUUGAAAAGGUCAGGAUCAAGUUGCUUUGGAUGAACCAAGCUUGGCCAAAAAACAAGGCAGUCAUUUGUUCACUCUGAUCUCGCCAAGGGGACUUGCACUAGCGCCUUCAGAUCCUUCAAGUGUCUGACAACAUUGAUAGGUAGGAUCUGUGCCCAGCUUAUGCUGCAUUCGAAGAACUCUCAUAUCAUUUGCAUAUAACAUUCAUUACAGGAAGUAAUUAGCUAAAGGAACAACAUCAUGAAAGUCUCAAGGAGGAGAGAAAGUAAGUGUGGUUUGUGGUUGGUUUUGUUUUGUUUAAAGGAAGUCUUACGAUGGUCUAAAACUGAGAAUGUAUAGACUAAAAGGAUAUAUCCAGAAGCUAAAAGGCAGCCUUGCAAAUUGCUGUGGCCCAUAACACACCCCCAAAAUGGUGUACUUUUUGCCAUUUAGCUUACACUGUUUGACCAACUUUCUGUUAACCAUGUGGGGACAGAGGGUAAGAACUGGUAAAUGGAUUGCUGAUGGAGCCUCAGAACAAUCAUUGGUAUCCCUCCUGCCCCACCUCAAAGCUUAUAGGCACUAACUGUUCUUGUCAGUUCAACUUCCUAAGCAAAGCAAGAGCAGUGAUUCAUUGGAUUUUCAUAUGUCUGGUUUCUGGGGGCAGGGAGGAACAAAGCAUUGGAUAAAGAAAACUGGCUGACCAGUAAUGGAGGGGUAACUGUCCACCAUCUCUUAGGGAAAAAGAAGCCACGUGCAAUUGUAGACUGUUCCACAAAGAGGGUUCCCCAACCCCUUCCGCCUUCACCCCCCUCCACCCAAUAGAUUCAUUGGUCAGCCUCCUGGAAAAAGCAGAAACUGCCCCAGAGACAAACAGAUCUUGAUUUUGAUAGUCCGUGUUACUCACCAAUGAGAAGCAAGCUCUUAACACAACUGCCCACACUCCAGGGGACAGAGCACCUAAAAAACUACACUGAGUGCUGAGAAGAUUUAAACCUCUCACACAGAAGCCCUAGGCCUAGGCCCUUGGUUGGUACAGUUCUGAAUUCUAGACUUCUGAGUACAGGCCAGCCCCACCUACUCCCUUGCAAUCAGCACUUUCCCCUGGUUUAGACAGAAGCCACUUAAAAUAAUAAACGGCAAAAUUCCAGGUGUUUUUUAAGGUAUUCAAAUUAUUUGGUUUAAAAGACCUGACCUAAUUUCAGGGGUUUUACCUGAAAUAAAAAAGUCAUUUCUGGCCUUAAUUUAUAUAUGAAUGCCACACUUGUCUGUCCCAGACUCAGAAUUCCAAAAGACAUAAACAUCUUGCUCAGUAGGAAAAUGAAGGAGAGUUUGUGCUUUUGCCUAACAGAGGUAAAAGACAGCCAGGUCAUUCUCCUUGGGAACCAUUAAUAAUAGCUGAACUCUAAAGCUAAGUAUGAGACUCACACAGUAUAGGACUUAUUACUUCUGCUGAUUUUACUGGAAGCUUCUUGUUUGCUACUUCUAGUGGGGUUUGCCUCUCCCCUCACCUUGCUACCUCUGAUGGUUUCCCCAAAAGAUUCUAAGCUGAAUACCCAGAUACCUGUAUAUUUUUCAAUUACCUUGAGUCUUACUUUCCUCUACAACACUCUGUAUGCCUGGAAUUUUGAAAACAUCUUCUACAUCAUCACUGUGACCCUCAAAUGGCCAGUGGUGUUCCCAUUAGCACAUGAGAAUUUCAGGCAGAGAUUGUGUGGCUAGAGGUAACAUGGAGGACUAGAAAUAUUCAUUUAAUGUUUUGCAAGAGGUGGACCUAGUUCCCAACAAACAACAACCAAACUGUUUGAUUUCUACCAACCAUCAAUGAACAUAACAGUGAACAUCUUUCCUACUCGUAACACUCAACCUCUCUCCUCCCCUUGAUUAUCAUAACACCAACUCUUUCUCCCACCCAGGCACAAACCACAGUAUUUGCUGCCUUCUGCACCUACUCUGCUGAGACUGGAGAAGAGAGGCUGAGAGCCCCUCCAAAAAUGCUUUCAGAGAACCUACUACUGCCACUAUUACUAUUAUAAGUAAUAACGAUAACAAUUUCUGAAGGUGGAAUACAGAAGAGGUGCAAGUGACAUGAAGUUGGCCCCAGGAGGUCAGCUUCCAUUCAAGUUCUGUUUCUUUGUUUCCUCUGAUUCUAACCAAUAGGAGCAGGCAGUCCAGUCAGGAGUGCAGGAAGUCAUCCCUAGGAGAGGUUAAUGAGUAGUUAAGAGUGCUUUGCUCUUGGUGGGUAUUCAUUACAUAUUUGUGGUACAGAUGCUGAGGCUAGAGAGCAAGUCAUUCCCAGCAUAACAAGAAGCUUUGCUGGUGUCUCCUCUCCUUUGCCUGCCUCAGUCUCUCUCCUGAGACUUCCACCUGGCCCCAACUUGCCCCUUAGCCACAAUCCCUGUGAACUGCAGCUGUAGUUGACAGCUCACCCUUGAAGGAGGCAAGAGCAAGGCAGCAAAUUAAUUCAUGUUAGCUUAAUGACCACAGACUGACCAAUUGAUCUGGAAACAUCACCCUGAAUGUGUAAAGACAGAGUAGAUUCAACAAGCAUGUUACCAGACAUCCAUUUUAACUCUAGACAACAUGGUUUGGAUCACGAUUCCACUAUACCUAUCAGUCUGAGCAGAUCUGUCCACGCGCCUGCCUUCUUCCUCAUAAAUGCACUCUUCCCUAAAAAGAUGAGCUCAUGGUCAGUGCUCUUUUCCUCACCAGUGCAGCCUUUCAGCAGCACCAAGUGUGUAACACAAUGGUGAGCUUUCAAUUUAAUAUGAUUUGCCAGGGCCAGGCCUGGAGUGAGGUAAGUGAGGUGUGUGGGGUGCAAAAUUUAAGAAGGCGCCCACUCUCAGGGCUGUGCAAGUGCCUUACCCUUGUCCUGGCUCUGUGAUUUGCACUCCAUAAAGUACUAUCAGUUUAUCUUCUUCCUAAGAGCAACUAUGGUUCUUCUGAUUUGGGGGUUAACUCCCCGCCUGUUGUUGCACCAGAUGUUUUUGUUGCCAUCUGUUUUUCCACUACUCUAAAGUUUUGUAUGCCUAUGUCCAUCAAAGAAUCUUCAUUAUUAUCAGAAAACAUGGUUGCUUUCUAAGUAACCUGCUCCAAGUGGCAAGUUAGUAUCCAUUUUAGUAAGGGAUGCCAGCAGGAUAGCCCAUCAGCAAAAUACUGAAUGAGUUGGAGGUCUGGUCAUUGGGAUCGUUGGUCUCCUGUUUCUGCUCCAUUCUUCCCAGACCUUCUUCACAGCACCAACUCUUCUGAGUGCCUCCUAGUUUGUUCUCUUCCUAGCUAAGAAAAGUGUGCUCUCAGGAAAGGGAUAAAUUCCUUUACUUUGAGAUUAUAAGGCUCAAUGCUACCUCUUUUGAAGGUUGUUUGCAGUUUAACAGGGGAAAAAACCUUAUGCCAAAGGAAUGAAAUUCUACUUGUAGAAUUUUAGGCAUCAAUUAGUUGCAGAAGUGUUUUUUUUUUUUUUUUUCACCAUGGAAAGGCCAAAUUCCCUGACAGCUAACUCCAGAAUAUGACAAAUACAUUAAUCUCCUGGAAUUAUUGUAAUAAAUUACUGAUAGUCGAUUUAAUUGUCCUGAUAUCCGGUAUUGCUCAAUACGGCUACAACCAAGGGACUCUCAGAAAUGCUACUAAUAGCCACUCAAAAGGCCUAGAUAAUUGUACGUUAACAUUUUUACACAAAUGGAAUUAAUGAUAUUUAUAAUUUGAGUAGAAACAAAAGGAUUUGAAGAGUUUGUGAAGAUAUGUCCUGUUUGUGAAAGGUGAAAGUGUCCAAUAUUGUCCAAUCAAUGUCAGUCCAGUAUCGGUGGUGACUAUUAAACUUACUGGAGAUACAAGUUUACUGAACAUGAGCCUCUGCUCCACGCCAUCUAUGUUUUGUGCUAUCACUUCAGCUUGGUGUGAGAAUGAGACAAGAUUCUCCCCAAAACCCUUUGUAUGUAUUUCAGCUAAAAGUAAUAAGGGAUUUAAACGGACAAGAGAGAGGGAAAGAGGUACAAACAGCUGCCUUUGUCAGAGGGCAGCAAAAGUUAUAAUUAUUUAAACAGUGACAUUAAUUUGAAAAAGUUUUAGAAGACUUGAAAACAGAUUUACAGAGGAAUACAAUAGUAAAUGACUAUAGACACGCAUCUGAGACAUUUUUAAUAUGUUUAGCAAAAAGGAGUUUGCAUAGAUAAUGGGUUGCGUGAAAUAGGUAUAUAUUUUGUUCAGUGAAGCCCCAAAUCUAAACCAGUGCCUCUCAAAGUAUGGUACCAGGACUAGCAGCAGCAGCAGCCCUGGAAUGUAUGUGGGGGUGGGGGGGUACAUGUGGGCACGUGCACAUGCACGUGUGUCUCUUCUAGUGAUGUUACUUCUUCAAGCUCCUGGAUAACUACAGUCACAACUCUCUAAAUGAUUCCAACCCUCCCAU